CAAGGAAAACAGAAUUAACUUGAACUUUGCACACCAAUCGUAUAUUAAUAACAUCACUGUAUAAACAUACGCAAAAAAUAUAAAUUCUUUCUACUCUUUUGAAGUACUUUAACAGGUUAACCGUAUUUUCUGCGCUCACUGUUAACUAUGGAAGGCUUCUUCAAACUGCACCUUGUGGGUGCUCUUCUUUCUUAUAUUUUGAUUAGUAACAUAUUCUGUGAAGGAAAUAAACUUGAAAAUCAAACUGCCGUUAAUAAUAAGAAACUCAGACAUGUUCAUCUGGUAUUUCGACAUGGAGACAGAUCACCAAUGAAUGAAGUGCCAGAAAUAUAUGCAGAUUUUGAGAGUAUUUGGCCAGAAGGAACUGGUAAACUAACAGAUAUUGGGAUUCGACAACAAUAUCUUCUCGGAAAAUGGCUACGACAAAAGUACGGAGACUUUAUCCCUGAAAAAUACAACAGUUCAAGCUACUACCUAAGAAGUACAGACAAGGAUAGAACUUUGAUGUCCGCAAUGGCCAAUUCUGCUGGCUUUUUCAGUUCAGCUUUCUCACCUCUUGAUGAAUUUGAUCUACAUUGGUCACCAGUACCUGUUCAUACUGUGUCUCAAGAUACCGAUAUCUUCCUGAGUAUGGAUGACUGUCCACGUUUGAAAGUACUGAGAAAGCUGAAAAUGUAUUCUCCUGAUUCGAUUGAAUUUGAGAAAAAACACAAGAAGCUGUUUAAAAUACUAAGACGUGCUACUGGUUUGCGUGUGAAUCGAUUUACCAUUGGAGAAAUCGCUGAUUUUUUGAAAUGUAUGCAAGGUAGCAAUGUUUCUCUACCUGAAUGGUGCACAGGUGAAGUGCUGGAUGAGAUCUAUGAGGUUGAAAAUUUUUACUGGAAGAAAAAAUAUGCUUCUUCAACUGAGAUUAUUCGUCUUGAAGCUGGACUAAUUCUUCACAACUUCAUUAAAUAUAUCCGUUCACUUGUCAGAGGAAAACUUAUCAGCCCAUCUGAAAAUAUACCAAUGUCUAAGAAUCAUAUGGUAGCCUAUUCAGCUCAUGAUACUGAUUUGACAUAUAUUCUAGCUGCUCUUGGUGUUUUUGACAACAAAACUAUUGAGUAUGCGGCUGCUGUAUCAUUGGAAAUCUACGGACCAUCGAAACCAGCGGAUGAAAGUCGAUUUAUCUUAAAAGUCUUUUACAAAAGAGGUUGGGAAGAUGAAGACGGUGAAUAUCUAUCAUUGCCAAUAUGUGAUAACUCUCAGUUCGCUGAUGGAUGUCCACUGAAUAUUGUCUUACAGCACCUUGAAACACUGGCUAUACAUCCACGCAUAUAUGCAAGUGAAUGUUCUUCUGGUCUUGCUAAAUUAGACAGUCAGGCAGCAACAAUAAUAAGUCCAAAAUUAAUUGUGUUUUACACUAUCUUUAUGUCGUCCUUUGUGCUGAUAUUGUUAUUCUCUAUGUUUGCAAUGCGUUCGCAACAAAAAAUUCAGGAAGAGGUUGUUGAGGAACCAAUGUUAAAAAAGUGA